CUACUUUAAAAAUAAUUAAUCAUCAGUACGAUGUACAAAUUUAAAUACUAAUUUUGAGAUGUAUUAUUUUUAAAUUGAACGAGAAUAUUUCAAUAUUCUCAUUCUCUCUGUUUUAUCUAUAGAGCUAUAGACGACCAAUCCUUCUAAUGUAUUAUAUAAUCGUAUCGCAUCGUACAUAUAGACUCUCAUUGUCAGUAUCGUUUACUCGCUAGAAACAUGCGCUGUAUAACCGACGAAUCGCGCAGUGAAAGUCAAAUCAAAAUCAUCUUUAUAUUUUUUGAUAUUAGUUCAUGUCUUCAAAUCUUUAAAAAAUAACACAAAUAUCUGCCGAAUCUUUCAUUCGGGACGUAGAAAAACAAAUGAUCAAAAUUUUCCAUUAAUCAUUAUAGAGUAAAACGUACAAAUGGCGCAUGAAGAAAAAAAAAUCAAGGUAUGUGUGAUCGGUGCUGGCGCAGCUGGUUUGUGCGCAGUCAGACAUUUGACGGAAAAUGCGAAAUUCGAAACAGCAAUCUAUGAGCAAACGAAUGAAAUAGGAGGUACAUGGGUUUACAAGGAGCAAACCGGUUUUGAUGAAAAUGGCUUACCGAUUCACUCCAGCAUGUACCAGAAUCUAAGAACAAAUUUACCUGCAAAAAUUAUGAAUUUUCCGGAUUAUAUUACAAUGGAAGCGCAAGAACCUUGCUAUGUGAGUCAUCAGGAGAUUUUAAAAUAUUUGAGAGACUAUGCCCAGCACUUUGACAUAUGUCGACAUAUUCACUUUAAUACAAGAGUUGAACACGUUCAACUUGAACUAUCCAAAUAUAAUAAUAAAGAAAAGUGGUCUGUGCAAGUGAAGAAAUUAAAGACAAACGAAACAGAACUCCAGUACUUUGAUGCAAUUAUGAUUUGUAACGGACACUAUUUCGAUCCUUAUAUACCGAAUAUACCCGGUAUCGAGAGUUUUCCGGGUUUAAUACUGCACAGUCAUGCAUAUAGAAAGCCGAAUAAAUUUGUCGGAAAAAAAGUAUUAGUAUUAGGUGCAGCUUCAUCUGGUAUUGAUAUAGCAAUCGAGUUAUCCGAUUACGCUGCUUGCGUGUACUUAAGCCACAAUCAUGAUAGAUUAUCAAGUCCUUUACCAUCAAAUAUGAUACAAGUAGCUGGUGUGCAAAGUAUACAUGAAACUACAUUCCAUCUCAGAGACGGGACCACUGUGAAUGAUAUUAACAUUCUUAUUUUUUGUACUGGAUAUAAAUACAACUUUCCUUUUUUGGACAAAAAUUGUGGUAUACGAAUUGACAAUAAUUAUGUAACGCCACUUUACAAACAUCUCAUCAGCAUCGAGCAUCCUUCGAUGUGCAUUGUCGGUAUACCUAUGGUCGUUGUGCCAUUCCCCAUGUUUCAUAUGCAGGUGCAAUAUUUCUUGGCUUUACUAGAAGGUCGAGUAACUUUACCUACAAAAUCUGUGAUGUUGGAAGAUUCGAUUUUAAUAACACCGAAAAAAAGACACGCGCAUAAACUGAUGGAUCGCCAAUGGGAUUACAAUGAUUCAUUGGCGAUCGCUGGUGGAUUCAAUCGGUUACCAUUAUUUUAUAAACUCGGUUAUAAUAUAUGGUCAGUUCAAAGAUCUGCGAAUCUUUUGCGUUAUAAAGAUUCUAAAUUCGUUUUUUCUGAAGAUGGACAAAGCGUCGAGUUAAUUAUACCGGCAUAAAAUUUUGUACAAUUUCAUUCCAUUCGCUUGCUGAUUAUCAUAUCAAAUUUUUUAAUAUCAUAGUGUAUUUUAACUGAUAUAAUUAUAAUUUAUAAUAUGUUGUCUCAAAACAUAUACAUUUACAUUAAUAAAUUUUUCAAGCAUCCAUUCAAAUUUUAUAUUUAAUCCAAUAUCGAAGAAAUAUGGCAUCAAUGUGCAUAUCAGGCGAAUAUAUUCCGCCGCAGUUUUUUUCUCUUUAACUUCUUUCAUCUUUUACAUUUUAAAUAUGUUAUAACUGUGGGUACAGAACAUCGAACUACAUCGCGGUAUUAUAUAAUCAUAUAUUUCAUAUAUGAAAUUGUUUAUUACAAAUCCUCUUCGGCUAUUUUCUAUCACUGUAAACAUAUAAUUUAUAAUUUUAUAUAAAAAAAAUUUUUCUUAUCUUAAAAAAUAUAUAAACAUGCAGCAAUCGAAAAAUUAUUUCACAGCAUUUAUAUGUAUAUAUGAUUUGUAGAUUACAAAAAAUUUCAAAAAUAUUUAUCAUUCAAGUAAUGAACUGAUAUAAGAUCUUUGUUAAAAAUAAAAUUUAAAUUGAGAAAGCUAUAUUAAGACACAUAUGUGGUAAAGCGUACAUUUCGA